ACUUACAGGCAUCGAAAGAGCUAGCCUAUAUAUAGCUGUUUACCGGAUCUGACAGUUCCAGGAUAAAAAUAAAUAAAAGAAAAAGGUUGUUAUAUUGCAUCGUGUUUCAUAUUCUGGCAAUGCAACACGUAAGGUGUAAAACCCUGUUGUCCGCUUGUCCUUUGAAAAUAAAUUUAAUAAAUCAUCUGGUAGCAUAUAAAAUGACAGGUUCUAGUAUUUCCGACGUCUGUGUAAUGUGCUGCACCCCAGGAGUAGACGGAAUAAUCUAUAACGUUGAAGCAAUUCCAGAGUUGCAGAACAAGUGUUUGGACAGUCUUCAGAUACACAUCCAGUCUCUCACCCAGCGAGGCACAGGAGUGAGUGAAAUUGGGGAACUGGCGCAAGAAAUGGCAGAGGCUAACCGGAGAGCGGGACGGGGGGGCCAGGGUACGCCGGCCCCUCAGCAGAACGGGACGGGGAGGCGAAGCCGUUCGCAGAGGGACGAGGACACGAGCGACGAAGACGAGGUGGGGUCACACCAAAGACGAUCGUCGCAGGUCCCGGAAGAGGAUGACGACCCGGCCCAGAGGAGGCUCAUCCGACACCGGUACCGGGAGCUCAUCAACUCAGUGCAGCAAAAUAGAGAGGACAUUCUAUGUCCCUCAAGCGACAAACUGACUGAGGUUUUAAAACAGGCUGACCAGCUAUUUAACAAUGUCCGGCAGGCCCGGGAAGCAGCGCUGGACGCCCAGUUCCUGGUGCUGGCCACUGACCUGGGCAAGGAGAAGGCCUGCCAGCUGCAGGCUGACGGCUCGACCUUCGACCCCUCUGUCUACGCUGAACACCUGCUCACCUUCAUGGGGCUGAAUCGGCUGGAGGAGGAAGACAGCGAUGAAGAGGGGGGCUACCUGCCCCAGGACGCCUGGCAGAGACUGGGAGCGAAGGCGCAGGACUGCUUCAGGACUGCACCCUCUUUCCGCUUCAUGCUGGGCUCCUUUAUGGCAGAACCCCCACCGCCACGGCAACGUGUGGAGAGGCAGAGGAAGGCCCCGAACAAGGAAGUCAAGAGAAUCAUGCCCACUCAGGUUAAGAAAGUGGAUGAAUCGCACCAGGAAGCAACGGAAAAGGAAGUGGAGAGGAUUCUGGGAUAUCUGCAGCAGUACCAUCAAGAAGACCCCAAUUCACCGAUUUCGUAUUUUGAGUUCGUCAUCGACCCCCGAUCCUUCUCCAGAACGGUGGAGAACAUCUUCCACGUGUCCUUCCUGAUCAGGGACGGCCUGGCCAGGAUGUACCUGGACACAGAUAAGCUCCCCUACAUCGCUCCAGUGGAGCAGGGAGAAGCUGAGGCAGGAGGGAGUUCCAGUCGCCAGCAGUGUGUAAUAUCCCUCAGCCAAGCCAACUGGAAGGAAAUCAUCCAAGCCUUCGAUAUUAAGGAGGCCAUGAUCGGUGCCCCCGUCCCGUGCACGCCGGUGGAGUGACCCUGCGGAGGGCUGGGAGGAGACCUGACUUUUACAUUUUAUUUAUAUAAACGCAGACUUUUAGCACCUUUUAUAAGAGCCUCCUCGAGGGCUGAGAUAAGGACCAGACCUGCCCAGACCAGGAACACUGUGUGUGCCCAAAUCAGUGUGAAAGGUUGGGGAGCUGGUGGCAUCGGUGGUCAGUCACUGUAACUCGCAGGCAGCCUCCUUCAUUUUACCCUCCCUCAUUCUAUCCAGGAGCUAAAACCCAACUACCUUUUUUUUAUAUUUCAGCUGUCAUCCUGUUCUAGUUGGGCAGAUGUACAUUUUUAAAUAUUUCAUUUUCAUAAACUGUUUUUCUUUUUUUUGUUGAAAUAUGUUGACUAUAUUAGUAAUGUUUAAUUAAAUAAUAAAACCAG